CUCUGGAUUCAGCACCAGCAAUCAACCAUGCCGAAACCAAUUGUACUGCAUAUCGGGGAGCCGAUCAAGUACAAUCAGAAGUUCUAUGAGGAGGAAUUCCUCUCUCACUUCGACGUCGUACGGAAUGAAGAUUUGGACAGAGAGUCAUUCAUCAAUGCCCUCAAGGCCGAAAAAUAUGGCAAAUUCUCAGCUAUUUACCGUCCGCACUUUCAGACUGGAGGAGAGAUGGGGCAAUGGGACGAUGAAUUGAUUUCUCUCCUCCCAUCUUCUGUGCGAAUAUUCGCUAGUGCUGGAGCAGGAUUCAACUGGGCAGAUGUUGAUACCCUCGGAAGGAGGAAGAUAUGGUAUGCCAACGGAGCUGGAGCAUCAGACGAAGCAGUCUCAGAUACAGCAUUGUACAUGAUUCUUUCCGUCUUUCGCAACUUCACACGUGCUCAACUGGCUGCUCGAACUGCAGAUCCCGAAAUCUUCAACACAACGCACAAGCUCAUUGCGACAAUCUCAGCCAACCCAAGAGGACACAUCCUGGGCAUCAUCGGCCUUGGCAACAUCAGCAAGAAACUAGCCUACAAAGCUGGCGUCGCUCUCGGCAUGGAAAUCCACUAUUAUGAUGUUGUGAGAGCUACCGAGGAAGAGGAAAAGCAACUUGCUGUCACAUUUCACAAGUCGUUGGAUUCGUUGCUGAAAGUCGCAGAUUGCAUCUCGUUGCACACUCCCUUGAACAGACAUACUCAAGAUCUAAUCAACCCCAGAGCGCUGAGUUUAAUGAAGCCCGGAUCACGAGUAGUGAACACGGCUAGAGGAGAAGUGGUCAAUGAAGAUGCACUGAUUGCGGCUUUAGAAAGUGGCCAUAUCAGCGCUGCGGGCUUGGAUGUGCAUUACCAUGAGCCCCAAGUAUCUCCAAAGUUGGCUAAGAUGGAGAACGUCACUUUGACAACGCACAUUGGUGGAGGUGCUCUGAACACUCGCAUCAACUUCGAGCUCAAUGCUAUGAAGAACAUUCUUGCAGUUGUGGGACCGGAUGGGGAGUUUAUUGGCGAGCCCUUAACUCCAGUCAAUGCGAGAGCAUUCAAAGAAGUUUAAUAAC